GUCGCGCGGCGCGGGCGCCCCCGCCCCGCUCCCUCCGGCGCGGCGUGCUCGGGCGGCGGCCAUGGCGGUGAAGGCGCUCAACCCCAAGGCGGAGGUGGCGCGGGCGCAGGCCGCGCUCGCCGUGAACAUCAGCGCGGCGCGCGGGCUGCAGGACGUGCUGCGCACCAACCUGGGGCCCAAGGGCACCAUGAAGAUGCUCGUGUCCGGCGCUGGGGAUAUCAAGCUGACCAAAGAUGGCAACGUGCUGCUGCAGGAAAUGCAAAUACAACACCCGACAGCCUCCUUGAUAGCCAAAGUAGCAACAGCACAAGAUGAUAUCACGGGAGACGGUACCACUUCAAAUGUCUUGAUCAUCGGAGAGCUCCUAAAGCAGGCAGAUCUCUACAUCUCUGAGGGCUUGCACCCAAGAAUAGUAGCAGAAGGAUUUGAGAUUGCAAAGGAAAAAGCACUUGAAGUUUUGGAGCAAGUCAAAGUAACCAAGGAAAUGGACAGAGAGACCCUCAUGGAUGUUGCCAGAACAUCCCUUCGUACUAAAGUCCACACUGAGCUUGCUGAUGUCUUAACAGAGGCUGUAGUAGAUUCUAUUUUGGCAGUCAGAAAACCAGAUGAGCCCAUUGAUCUCUACAUGGUGGAAAUUAUGGAGAUGAAGCACAAAUCUGAAACAGACACAACGUUGAUAAGAGGACUCGUGUUGGAUCAUGGUGCUCGUCAUCCUGACAUGAAGAAACGAGUGGAAGAUGUUUAUGUUCUUACUUGCAAUGUGUCUCUAGAAUAUGAGAAAACAGAGGUGAACUCUGGAUUCUUCUAUAAAAGUGCAGAAGAGAGAGAGAAGCUAGUAAAAGCAGAAAGAAAGUUCAUUGAAGACAGAGUGAACAAAAUCAUAGACUUGAAAAAAAGAGUCUGUGGUGAUUCAGAUAAAGGAUUUGUUGUGAUCAACCAGAAGGGAAUUGACCCAUUUUCCUUGGAUGCACUUGCAAAAGAAGGAAUAGUUGCUUUACGCAGAGCUAAAAGGAGAAACAUGGAAAGAUUGACCCUUGCAUGUGGUGGUACUGCCAUGAACUCCGUAGAGGAUCUCACCCCUGAAUGUCUGGGCCAUGCAGGGCUCAUCUAUGAGUAUACAUUGGGUGAAGAGAAAUACACCUUUAUUGAGAAAUGUGACAACCCUCGCUCUGUUACCUUGUUGAUUAGGGGACCAAAUAAGCACACACUGACACAAAUUAAGGAUGCAGUAAGAGAUGGUCUACGUGCUGUUAAAAAUGCCAUCGAGGAUGGAUGUGUGAUCCCAGGAGCAGGGGCGCUAGAAGUGGCAGUAGCUAAUGCUCUUGUUAAGCAUAAACCUAAUGUCAAAGGAAGAGCCCAGCUUGGAGUUCAAGCUUUUGCUGAUGCUCUUCUCAUCAUUCCUAAGGUUCUUGCUCAGAACUCUGGUUAUGAUCCCCAAGAAACUCUAGUGAAGGUACAGACAGAACAUGCAGAAUCAGGUCAACUUACUGGAGUUGAUCUGAACACUGGUGAACCAAUGAUAGCUGCAGCAGCUGGGAUUUGGGAUAAUUACAAUGUUAAAAAGCAACUACUUCAUUCAUGCACGGUGAUUGCUAGCAAUAUUCUCUUGGUUGAUGAAAUUAUGCGAGCUGGGAUGUCAUCCCUCAAAGGCUGAAGCAGAUCUGCCUUCAUCAGUGGUGAUCAUCAUGAGUAGUAUUGCCCCAAAGAAUAACUCUGCAGAAGUCUACGUGAAGGCAGCCUUCCCUUAGCUCUCGUGGAUUUUCACAGCAAUGGAAGUCACACAGCUGUAACUAGAAGCACCCUUCGGUUAACAUGGCCACUCAAACUAUUGGCAACUAUUCAAAUGUUUGAUUCUAAAAUCAGUUAUUUAUUCUUAAUUUCACUGCAUUAUACAGCUGAAGUUGCUGUCCUUUUUACCCAAUAAACUGUUACGUUCUGUG